UGAGGUGGCCACUCGUACUGCUGUAGUAGCCAUCCACCCCUCUGAUGUGCGUUCAGUCGCAAAAGGAGCACUUCCCCAACCCUCCGAUGUGUGUUCAGCCACAUUAGGAACGUCCGAUGUGCGUUCAGUCGCAAUAGGACCGACACUCGCUUCGCGUCAAGUGUCUUCCGUCCCGUCUGUUGCGGACGGGACUGUCACGUUUUCUGACGUUGUACAACACCCCCCCCGCAUCCGCAGUUGCACCUGCUUCGCGUACUAGUGUGUCCCAUGCAUCGUCUGACCUUAGUGGCUCUGCUUGCACCAAUGCGCGUUCAGUAGCGCCAAGGACCACCAACACCUCUCGAGGUGUACGUAUCGAUCCGCCUGCUAUUAACCGUGUAGCACAAUCGCUGAUUCCUGUUCGGGGAGUAGCACGGGCAGUCGGUUGAUACUGAUGUCAAUCUACCCGCCGCCCGCGUGCCCGCUUCUCAGAGCUAUACCUCUAAGAGUAGCCGAGAGCAGGCGCAUGCUCGUGAUAAGCGUCACCAGGCUCCCAAUGCACGCACUGCUGUAGCUUAUGCUAACAAUGUACCUGCCUCGCCUCCCAUGCUUUCUUCUGCCCAUGAACGUGCAGCCACUGCUGCUGCCCUGGAACGAGGAACUUCUCCGGACCAUCAGCGUCAUGGCAGCCCCCACCGCUCUGCCGUGCACGCAGCUCGCGCCAGCGGGAGUCCAUUUUUGGACAAGGUGGAGUACCUUCUGGGGUCACUUCGGGCGGCGCACGGAAACGCCACGGACCCGGUGGUGUGGCCUGGGUGUUAUCGCUCUGCCCCUCCCCCGGUUCCCGCGUUCGAAGAUUUCACAUCCAAGAAGAAGGCGCCCGUCAAGAGUGGCGGUCGCGGGGGCAGCGGCGGCGAUUCGGGCGACACCGACAUCAGCCACCUCCGCGGGUCUACGUCUUCCCACUGUGGUCGCGCCCAGGCGUCUUUGUCAGCGUCCAGCUCUUCGGAGCGCGCGGACAAGACAGGAGUAAAAAAGAAGAGCCGCACCUCCCGCCCGUCUUCGGACACGGCUGGAGGAGCAUCCUCGGAUUCCGGUUCGGAACGUAGCCUUCUUCGGAAGACUUCUUCGGGCAGGGUAUCCAGGCAACAAGUGAAGCGGAGGCUGGACGACGGAGCCACGGGCCCGGAAGCCUUCACGCUCCUUCUGCGGCUGCUGUUGGAGCAAUUCGAUGUCGGAGAUCGACAGGAGUCGUUUUUGCGACUUCAGCAGUUUGGUGUUUCGAAUGGAACCUUGUUUGUAUACUUCAAGUAUUACCUUUGGGCGUUCCGUCUUUGGUUUCUUCGGUGACCGGGUCUGAGCGUGUUUUGGCUCCUAGUGUAUCGAUGGUGCUUGAGAUUGUCAGGAAUUCUAUAAGUAGGCAGUAUCCGUCUUUGGCUCCGAUGUUGUACCCUAGUGACCUGGCUACGGCCGUGACACCGUUUGAUUCGAUUGAUGCAAUGUGGCAGGCGUUCGUGCCAUUGGCCACCAACGAAACCCCCGCAAUAGGGGGUUCAGAGUAUUUUUGUUUGUCUUCUACUCCUGACUCUUCGCAGUCCCGGCGUUCCCAGAACCGUGC